AUUUUUUUGUUAUAACGAUGCACAAAUUUUGUAGUACUACAUGCAUAUAAUAUAGUUAAUGCUGCAUUUUUCCCUCAACAGGAAGGCCAGCCACGUUUUUUAAUAAAAUCUUGCAACAUUUGCCUGUAGUAGCAGUUCAGAAUCCUCUAUUACAAAAACCAUUGCUAUUACCAGUGGUUCCUUUCUUACUGGUAAGGAGCCAUGAUUGUAAGAAGACAAGGCUGAUUCUAUUUUUCUGGACGCUUGCAACACAGCAAUGACAAUGCGUAGAUCAUUUAGCCAAAUGUUAAAUGCUGUCUGGGAAGACAAAGAAAAUAUAAGCGAACUUAAUGAAGAAGAUGGAGAGGCCUGUUCCAUGGCUGUUUCAAAUCAAGAGAAGAUUGGUACAGUGGAUGCAUCAAAAGCCACAAAACUUUCUGAAAUGCAAAACGUAAGCACCAAGAGUCAGAAGAAGUUUGUGCAGAAAGCCAGUAUGAUAAGUGACACAUAUGUACUAAGAGAAUCAGACCAGAGGAGCAACAAUAAUAGCUAUCAACUUAUUGGAAAUCUUUCUGAUUCACUAAAAGGAAAUCAGUCUGUUGAACCCACCAUUCCCUGCAUGACACUGAGCAAAUGGGAUAGUCCUUCAAAAAGUAGACCUACCUCUGUGGGUAAUGCAAACUAUCUGACACUUACCGAAGUAAAUACUAUUUCUGAACCAUCAGAAAAACGAACGCAAAAACCUGUUGAUUUUGCGACUGUAACAGUAGCUGACUUCAACAUUACUCCUGAGUCUUUUACUAAACAAUCUACAGGGCAAGCCAAGUCUUCAUUAAAAUUCAGGCGUCGGUCCACCAUUGGAGUACGGGGUUCCCCUGAAAAUAAUACCCUUAUUCGAUACCUUGCCGAGCAAAAGAGAAACAGACAAGAAGAUCAUCUUAAGCAGCAGGGCAGCCCUUUUGAUCGUCAGCAUGUUGGCUCUUUAAAGGACAGAAUACAUACUUUCCAAUCAGCUUUUCAAUCCGUGCAAGAAGAUGAAGGGAAAGAUUGCUUAUCUGGGCUCGUGCAGGAGGAGAGAGAGUCCCAGACAGUGUGCUACUCUCAGAACAAAUCGCCUUUUGUGAAACGGAAUGAAUGGGCUCAAUUGAAUGGAGAGUUAACAUCUGAGUGCAAGAAAAUUGCUUACAAGGAAAGUUUGAAACAAGAUUUAUGUAAUGGUGAUAAAACUUUUCUUGGUAUCCAGAGAUGCAGUAUUGUCUCUCCGCCCCUAGAAGCAUCUGUCACUGAAACUACUGCUACUAUAUCUACGGAAACUGCUUAUGCACCACCAAAUAUUACUGAAUCUGCAUGUUUAUCGUUGAAAGCUAUUCCAUCCGGAAACAUCUUAAAGAUAGUGCAAGAGGACUUCAGUUCUGGGGGUAGCAGUGAAAAUUUUAGAAGCAAUACUACAUUGCAGCUAAGAGGGAAGAGAGUUAAAUUUGCAGAAGAAUUGAGCCUGCAGAUAUUUGAUAAAACAAUGUCACCAGUUACACCUCUGCAAAAGGGCAACAUAUCAACAAUUGAGCAGUCACAAAGUGGCUCCAGCCUUCGGUCGGUCCUGAAGAAAACACCAAUAAAGCACUUGAUGGAAAGUGUGAAGGAGAACUUAAGCAGCUGUACAGGUGAGAAGGGAACCACGUCUCCCUUAGCAUCCAGUCCCUCAACAAGCUGUGAAGCAUUGCAGACAGACCAAACUGAGCUGGACAGCUCUGAAAAGCCAGCAAAGAGGAAGAAGGUCACUUUUGGGAGAGAUUUAAGCCCAGAAAUAUUUGAUGAAACCUUACCAGCAAAUACUCCAUUGCGAAGAGGGGCAAUGCCAGCCAGCCAGUUGGGAUCGCAGAGCGGUAGUCCUCCUAGAGCAGUGGGUGCUAUCAAAGAACCACUAUCCCAACCAAAUUUUGAUGAUUCUGAUGAUGAAUACGUUAAGCCUCCUCAAGAGCUGAUGAAGAAUUUUUCCAUGACAGACACUUCUUUAUACACUAAGGAUGUGGAAGAGACUGACACCAAAAUCUCUUGUAAAAGACCAACUAGAUCCUGCACUAAAGGAAAGUAUAACAACAUUUCAGAAGAGACGGAUUUUAGCAUCUUUACAGGCAAAAGAACCAAGAAAACUAAAGACACUAAAAACCCACGAAACUGCAAAGGUCAAGGUUCAAAUACUUCUGCCUCCAGAAAGACACUGAAAGUAAAAGAUCCAGGUUCUGGGAAAAGAAGAAGAAGAAGAAAGGUACAGAAAUCCUUAUAUGGGGAGAGAGAAAUUGCUUCCAAGAAGCCUCUCUUAAGUCCAAUUCCAGAGAUUCUGGAGGUGAUCUCUUCUUCAUCAUCAUCUCCAAAAACACCACAGGCAAAUGCUGUACUCUUUUCAGAUGAUCCUGAAAACAGUUGUGACCACAUAGAAUCUGUAAAUGAAGCUAUGAAACGGAGAAAAAUGGUGGGAAGGCGUAGAAGGAAAAAUGUGUCUAUAACAAACAAAUGUCCAGACUCUAAAGAACUUGUUGAAGCCAGCAGCUCCUCUGACACAGAGACUCAGUCAUUAGACUGUAAUCUUUUUUCUGUUUCAAGCAAUCGUACUGAGAUGGACAGUGUGAGUGAAAACACGGAAGCAGAAAAUAAGCUGGGGUCACCCUUUAUGUUACUAGAUCAGAAAGAGAGUACUAUUUGUGAAGGUAAUCGGAUCAGUGAAGAAGGCAAUAAGUCCACCUGUGAGUGGUGUGAAUCCAGUGUUACAAGAAGGCAUGUUUUACCUGUUGUUAAAAAAUCAUAUUCUCCUUUGAAACUACCAAAUACUAAUAUUCAAGAAGGGAAACAUAUUUCUCUGUUUGGUAAACCUGAUAAUACCCAGCAAGAGGAAGAUACUGUAUGUGCAGAGCCCAAGAAAGAACAGGAUGGUUUACUAGGAAAUAAAUGUGUACUGGAAAGUGAAAAUCCUUCAAAUAACUCAGAAACUCUAGCUCUUUCAGUACCUGUAAACAUCCAGGACAUGGACGUAAAGAAAGAUAUUAAAAAAAUGGAAUGUCUCACUGAAGACUCUGGAAGACAGAGUGAUAUCAAUAAUGUUAAUUUUAAAAGGUUUCCAAAAAGAGGCAAAAGAAGCACAGUGUAUCUUCCUGGAGUUGCAAACUUGGAUUUUGAAACAACUGGAAACAAUCUGUCUGGUUCCUCUUCCAAUAUGCAGGAAGUUUUAUCUACAUCCCAUGUAGAAAGUAAUUCUGAAACGUUUAGUGAUCUACACAACGCUAUCGAAGAGUCUUUCAGGAGGAUAAGUGAAACUUGUGAUGAAAACAGAAGUGUGAGGCGCAGUAUGAGAUUACAUAAAGAUGCUGAACAUGAGGGACUUGCCUGGAUUCAUAUACCUAAUAAACUUGACAAGACCUCUUCUCUGUCAGUUUCUGCUUGCAAAACCAGGAGGGCAUCCUCUGUAUCCAUGCUUAAAGAAUCUGAGAACGUUCACCAAAGUCAAGAAAACUGGAAUCAAUAUUCAGCACCAGGGAAGGAAAACCAUGAGUAUGUUCCUCUUGCUGGAGGUGCUCACAAAAUGAGGAGGAGGAGGAGCAUGUGUGUAUCCACUCUUCUAGAAACAAGAAAAGUAUCUCAAACCCAGAAAAAGAGAAGGGCAAGCCUUGUAAGCAGAAAUGACAAGAGCCACCAGAAGAAUUCUGAAGGAGAAAAAGCUGUAGAGAACCAGACGACCACCUAACUGAAUAAUUACUAUCCAUUUUUUAAA